AUGCUGGCAGAUACAUUACCAAUUUCGUGCAAUUCCUGCAGGAAGAGGAAGAUCAAAUGUAACAAGAAGAAACCUUGUGACCAAUGUAUAAAAAGAAAGGUUGACUGUGACUUCCCGGCAAAAUUUAGAAAUAUCAAUAUAACAGAAGAUGGCAAGAAGGAAGGGAAGCAGCAAGUGAGUGCAAAGGUGAAAGCGGAGACUCAAAGAGAUUCAAAUGCUGUGGAAUCAGAGAGAAACUUGGAACUACUACGUGAGCAGCAAACUCAACUACUGUUCAACCAAGAACGUAUCAAUCUUCAACAACAACAGCUACAUAACCAACAACUCCAACACAAUAUACUCGAGCAACAAUCACAGCAACAAAACCAAGCGCUACGGCCACAUCGUGUUCCACUCCAGACUUUGGCAGAAGGAGGAAGUGCAAAGAGCAGCAGUGCCGCAAGUUCAAAUUCAUUAUUGACGUCUACGUCUACGCAAAGCUCGAUGGUAACCGAUCCACCAUCAGUUAGUGACUCUACUGGCGUCGAAAGUAAGCUCAUUUCUCGUGACCCCAAAUUGAAUACUGUUUCCGGCCCCUCAGGAGAGUCAGGCUCAGAAUUAUCUGGAGACCUGGGUAGGGUGCAUAAUUACCCUAGGAGGCUAAACUCAAACGAUGUCGAUGACAUGACUUCAAUGAGACAGAACUUCGAUAUGAUGCGGGCCGCUAAUUCACAAUUGUUGGAUGAGAACCGCGCUUUGACACAAAGAUUGGAGGAAAUUUUACUGAAGAUAUCCGUUUCUGAUACAACGCCGGAAUCGGCAUCUUCCGCUUCGUCGUCAACAGCUCCUACAACAAAGUCAACAGCGGCAGCAGUAGCAACUACUGCAACCGCAACAAACGUACCCCAAGUGAAAAAGACUUCUUCUGGCAGCACAACUACCACCACUUCGAGUAAUAAACGAGAGCGGACUGCGGACUCUUCGUCAGAAGAUCUUCCAAACAAGAAGGAGAAGGUUGGGUUCUUUGGUCAUUCAAAGGCGAGCUUCCCCAAUGACUCAGCAAGUGCAAAUCAAGGGAUGUAUUCGACAAAUGUGCCCGUUAUUGGAACUGUUCCACCAAAGGAAACCUCAUCUUCCGGUGGAAGUAGUGGAGAUGAAGUUGGCCAACAUGAAGUCGAUGUAGCAGCAGCAGCAGCAGCAGCAGCAGCAGCACUAGAAAAUCCAGCAGAUGCACAACAUCCUUCGUCAAGAGAUGAUAAAGGCGUGCCACCACUUAGAAGAGUCUACAAAAUGAAGCGCAAUAAAUCUGGUGGAAGCGAAGGGUCCAACAACUGGGAAAUGGAUAUCGAUGCUUACCAAACCCACGAAACUGUCAAGUCGAAUCGUAUGGUGGAGAGAAGUGGCAAAAAGAAGAAACUUCCCAUCUUACCUUCGUACUUGUUAAAGUAUGAGGACCCCGAUAUCAGCACCGAUUCAGAUACGUACCAUGAUGUAUUUCGUUUAAAUUUUGAAGUUAUUAUGAACUUGGUGUACAAGUUUUUUGAAAGAAGUCCAUAUUAUAGAACGUUCAUCUCGGCGUCGCAUGUGUUUGGAUUUUUGAAGAGCUACGAAAACAUCAAUGAUAGAGAUUGGGAUAAUGACGACGACAUGAUGUUGGUUUAUAUGAUUUUGAGUUUGGCGGUACAAAGACUUAGUUCAAAGGAUUUUGUCGAUUUGAAUUUGCUACCUGCUGGUUCUGUCAACACAUGUACAAAGUACCGGAAAUAUUUGACGAGAAACAUUUUGCAUAGAGGUUAUGAGAGAUUAAGACAUGGUUUGGUGAAAGAGUCCUUAUUGACCAUCCAAUCAUACAUAUUGUGCACUGAGUGGUACUUUUUGGAACAAAAGUAUGAGGAAUGCUGGACAAUGAUGUUUCAUGCUUGCUCGAUUUCCUAUUCCAUUGGGUUACACAUCAUGGGUAAUUAUAACUUGCAAGAAGUCAAACCUGGCAAACAGUUUAAAAAUUUGAUUAGUGCCACUGCUGAAGAUUCAGAUGUUAGCGACAAAAAAGAGUCUUCAGGGUCAGAAGAAGAUGACAAGAGCAAUGGUCAGGAUGAUGGAUUGGAUGUUACCAGGUAUAGAUUAUGGUUUGCGUUGAAGUAUUAUGUUUCGCUGAUUUGUUCAAUUUUUGGUAGACCAAACCCCAUAUCGGUUCAAGUUGGUAUGAAUGGAUCCAAUAGUGGAUUAGGAUCAGUAAUCACCGAUGAAAAGGCGCACAUUUUGUUCAAAGUGGGUGUUUGUGAAUCAUUGAGGUUGUCAAACUUGAUGUUGAUUGAGAAUUUUAUGAUUGAUUUCUCUUCGGCAGCAUUGCUUGAUUUGUCGCACAAGUUUGAUCGUGAAAUCAGCCUCUUGAACACUGCUUAUGCUUCGCUGCUUGAUAAUGGCAACAACGACAACAACAAUACCAACAACAACAACGUGUUAAUAUCUGCCAAUGAUCUGGACUUUUUGGUGGUUGACGAUUUCGGUGGAAAGUCAUUAGAGUUUACUAGCUUGGAGUUAUUGGCCGACCUUAUUAUUUUGCAUAUCAACAGUGCCAAGUUGUAUGAGCCAUUCAUUAGCAAGUUUGAGAAUGCAGAAGGCUACGAAGAAAUUGUCAAGAAUCAAACGGAAUCAGUGGUUAAAUUUUUGGUCUUGUUGAAUACGUUUAUUGAAGGAUUUUUGAAGCAAUGUGUUGAUGACCAUUUCCAAGCUGGGCAGAUGAAUGGAGCUGACUCGAGUGAUGAAAAUUUGAAUUAUGGUCCUGUCAAGUUUGGCAAGCUUUUCAAAUCUUAUUUCCCAUUCUUGAAUUCAUUUAUAUGCCAAGGUGUCAUUGUUAUUUUCACCUUAUUGCAUUACAAAUCAAAGGACUUUGUUGCCAAUGAUGAUAAAUCUGUAUUGAAUAACAGAUUUCUUGGAUUGAUUGAAAGUAAUUUGCAAUCGUUGUUGCACUUUGAGCAAAGGCUUUCAACAAGGUAUAUCACGACAUCAAGAAUGUGGUCUUCAAACAUGGUUUAUUUGAUUAACCGUGUUUUGAAUUUGAUUAAGUUGUUGUACGAAAAACAGGAGGAUACGUCUGGUUCUGAGGAAGCUAGAAAGCAAAGACAAUAUGUUGUUGGAGGUACUUCAUCGUCAUCACCAGACAGUGUUUCUAAUUUACCUAUCACUACUGCGCGUGGUAAUUUGUCGUACUUGGUCAACACCAAUCCAUUUGGUGAUCCUUCGCAAUUUGAGUACUUGAAUGGUUUCCAUUUGAAUGAUCCAUUCUGGUUGACCGUUCCUGAUGGCGGUAAUGACAUGCAAUACUACAUUGAUGAAGAUGCAAGAGCAAACAAACCAAUAGCUGGAUUCAAGCAAUAUUCACCCUUGAACGGUGGAAGCCAGCAAUUGGUAGGAGACAGAAAUGAGGAUGGUGAUAGACAAAAUUCUACAAUCAAGGUGGCCACAAGCAGUGGUGAAUCCAACAACGGUUUAUCUCCUUCAACCCAACAACAACAACACCAGCCACAGCAACAACCACAGGAACAGCAACAGCCACAGGAACAGCAAUCAUCUUCAUUAGGAGCUAAUAUGAGGCCAAUCAUGAGAAGACCACCGUCGGAUUUGUUUGGAAUGAAUUCAAAUUUUGGGAAUUGGAAUGAUGCUGGCAAUGGUGGCCUGGGUACAAGACAAACACCAAACAGUGGAGCAAAUUCAUCAAAUGGUACACCAAACAUUGGAAUGGGGUUGAAUUUAGGUGGGCGUAGACCAAUGUCUUGUGGGUUGCCUCCUCCUAUACUAACUCCUACAAUACAACAGCAGCAACAGCAAUCACAGUUGCCAUCGCUUUCUCAAGUGCAUCAGCAACAACAGCAGGAGCAGAAUGAACAGCAGAAGGAUCAUCAACUGCAACAGGUGCCCACUUCACAACCACAGCCGCAACAUCCAGCGCCAAACUUUAUGGGUGGGGGAUACAUGUUUCCGCAACCAAUCGGGUAUCCUGUGCAAACAUAUCCACCAGAUCAAACAUAUUACAACCAGGAGGGAAAAGAGCGGCUGAAUCAAGAUAGAGAUUGA